AUGAAAAUGUAUGUUCUUUUGAUUUAUCUUGUUCUUUCAAAGAUCGAUGCGAUUCUUGUGACCAAGGUCCACCGAUCUGCAAUCUAUACUCCUAGUUCGGCUUGUGCUGCUCUUGGAAAUGUAACAUUGUCGCCCAUGAAUGCAUCGAUUCAAUCUUGCAUUUGGCAAUGUGUGCACGAGAGUCAGUGUCAAACGGCUGUUUACUUUCAUGACUAUCGGAACUGUUCGAUGUUUGGCGAACACUGUGAAGCAGGCAAUAUUAGCUCGUCUACAAAUAUUCGAGCAAGUACCAUUUGCUGUCGAAAAAAUGAUGAGUCAAACAUGCACUGUCCUUCCACCAUGAUAUCAACCGCGAUGCCAAUCACGACAAAUAUUCCUCAAACUUGGAUAACAACUGGAAGCAUGAGUUUUGAACGAAAGUUUCACACAGCGACCUUGUUACAAAAUGGAACAGUGUUAGUGAUUGGUGGGUUUGAUGGCAGCAGUUCUCUCAAGAGUGUGGAAUUGUAUGAUCCAUCAACAGGUAAUUGGGCAAAGGCUGGGGACAUGAAUGUCGCACGCUCUAGUCAUACAGCAACCAUAUUAUCCAAUGGAAUGGUGUUAGUAACUGGGGGUACUUAUCGCAAUAUUACUGAAUUGUAUAAUCCGUUCACAGGUAAUUGGACAGUGAGUGGAAAUGUGAAUGUUUCACGCUCUAGUCACACAGCAACCAUGUUAUCAAAUGGAAAUGUAUUAGUAAGUGGCGGAUGGAAUAGUUAUAGUGUUAGUCUCAAUAGUGCAGAACUGUAUGAUUCAUCGACAGACAGCUGGAAAAUGAUUAAAAACAUGAAUACUAGGCGGUGCUAUCAUACGGCAAGCCUCUUACCAAAUGGAACAGUGUUAGUGAUUGGUGGGUUUGAUGGCAACCUUUGUCUUAACACUGCCGAGUAUUAUUGA